CACAUACCUCUUCACGAUAUUUUACAUCUAUCCAUGUAGGCAAACAAUGUGUUGCAGAACAGUAGAUGACACUGUGUUAAAAGGAUUUUUGCCUAAACAUCACCCUCUUGUCCAUGGGCUGUGUCCGUUCUCGUCUCUCUGCUGCUCUGGACAAUCAUUGGUGGGAGCAGGGGUGAUCUGCUCCAGGAGUGCCUAAAGGAUCCCGACUAUGAAGAAUAUAUGGAUAUUGUCAAGUAUGGAUUGCCAUCUUCUAAGAUGCUUAAUCCGAAGCACAUAGUGAUUGUUGGUGCUGGGAUGUCUGGACUCUCAGCAGCCAAAACUUUACAGGAUGCAGGACACAGAGUAACCAUACUGGAAGCCAGCAAUAGAGUUGGAGGUCGUAUUCUGACACACAGAGAUCCAGACGGCUGGUAUGCCGAGCUGGGACCCAUGCGUCUUCCAUCAUCUCACAGCAUUGUACGUGAAUAUAUUAAACAGAUGAGCCUGAAAUUGAACACUUUUAUUACAUCUGAUGAAGACACUUUCUAUUUGUUCAACAAUAUCAGACAUACAAACGGAGAGGCCAAAAUGACACCAAAUCUGUUUGGAUUUGAUCUAGAACCUGGAGAGAAAAGUCAAUCUGUUAAUGAUCUUUUUUAUGAAUCAGUUCACAAGGUCGUAAAAGAAACAAACAGAAAUUGCAAUGAAAUUUUAGGCAAAUUUGACAAAUCUUCCGGGCAAUCUUUCUUGGUGGAAGAAGGAAGUUUAAGUGCAGGAGCUAUUCAAAUGAUUGGACACUACAUGGCAUUAAACGGUGAUUGGCACACUUCAUUUUUGGAAUCAAUAUUUGAUGAAUCAGUCUUCAAUGCCAGCAGGAUGGAUGAGAUCACAGGAGGUUUUGACCAGUUACCCAUAGCUUUAUCACGUCAUGUUAGAAGUGCCAUCAGAUUUAAUUCUACUGUAGUUAAAAUUUUGAGGACAGAGAAAUCUGUGAUCGUCCAGUAUCGGAAAAAUAAGUCCUCUGCUCUCACCAUGAUAUCUGCAGACUAUGUCAUUAUCACGUCCACCGCCAAGGCCACUAGGCGUAUAGAGUUCAGUCCUCCACUGAGUAACGAGAAGUACAAUGCUCUGAGUUUCGCUCACUAUUCAGGUGCCACAAAGAUUUAUCUCAGCUGUACUGAGAGAUUCUGGGAGAAGGAUAGGAUAGUUGGUGGAAAAAGUUCUACUGAUCGACCAUCUCGUUACAUCUACUACCCAAGUCAUAACUUCACCAAUGGAAGAGGUCUCGUCCUGGCAUCAUACACCGACGAAGACGAUUCCAAUUUUUUUUUAUCCCUCAGUGAUGAAGAUUGUGUUGAUAUCAUCCUGGAAGACUUGUCCAUCAUCCACAGGAGACCAAAGGAGAUACUGAGAAAACUCUGCCCAAAGUAUGUGGUGAAGAAGUGGAGUCUGGAUCCAUAUUCCAUGGGAGCAUUUGCCUAUUUCACACCAUAUCAGUUUGGAGAUAUGUAUGAAUACUUAUCCACACCAGAAGGCAGAAUUUACUUUGCUGGGGAGCACACAUCACUUCCUCAUGGCUGGAUCGAAACCGCUUGUAAGAGUGGUUUGAAGGCAGCAAAAGAAAUUCAUAAGGAAGCCAACAUGUUCUUCCAUCACUGAGUUUUACUUUAUUUCUGAAGAAAAGCUAUGAAUGCCGUGUUGUAAAGUCUUCAAAAUAAUAUUUUUGGUUUUGUUCUAUCUUAGAAUUAAAUAAAAUUCAUAUAUUAAAUUAGCAUAUAGCAAAUAUAUACAGAGUUGGGUGAUGGAAGAGAAGUGUCCCAUUCAGACAGCCAUAAACAGUCCCAUUUUAGCAUCAAAAUGACAGCAGUAAGAUCCAAAUCCCUGUGGUUCAAGUAAACUGAACUUGGGUUCUUUGGUGAUCCAAGUUCAGUUAACUUUAACAACGUAGUGGGUCUUGCAACCAUAAUGAAGCUAAAAAAAACUGUUGCUUUAUGGCCAUCUGAAUAUUUCCUUACAGUAUUCUGCAUCAAAUUAGAACCUAGGUACACCAUACCAUUUUCUAUAUUUUUUGUUCAAUACUAUGUGCUGUUAUGUAUUUUGUAUGUAAAAAGUCAUUUUAUUCAGCAGGGGAGGUGCUGGUUGGCAAUAGCUGGCUGUAACAGGGUUAACCACCCUGUUUUACUCCUCCUGGUAGAGUGGGCUGGUCUGACUUCCUGCCAGGAGGGGGAAAUCCAGAGUAGUGAUUUAGUCUAGAAGAGGGCAAGGCAGAGAAGGGAUAUGUAAGGUUCUGUCCUGAUAGUGGGGGGAGGUGGGAAGUAGCUCACAGAGCAUCCACCCCUAUGAACCGUAUUGAGGGCCAGGAUCCAAAUUAUGUCUCUCCUGCCAGAAUGACAGCAGACUACAAUCUUAAGUAAAGCCUUGGGAUUCCAGACUGCAGAGUGAUCAAGGACACACUGCUGUAAGGUGAGGGAUAACUGCUCAGACACCAUCACCUAGCAGACAACAUCUAGGCCAGUAUCACCUAAGUGCAGAAUUGCAGCCAUCCAACCUGCCACCAUACUUCCUCAGCUGGUGUCAGAGAAAAAUUGCACUUAAAGCCUGCUGAUGCUGUAUGUAUUUCAAGUUCUACGCUGCACUUAGUAAAAAUGACUUUGUUUCGUUCAA